GUCCAUCCGCUGUGAUUCACACCAGUCGACUCUAACGCCAAUCCACGCCGUAAGUCAAACUUAGGAAUUUUCAUGUGGAACGCCAUUAAGAACGGUUGAGUAAAACCCCGACUUCUGUGGAUUAUAAGAGGACCGAGAAUAAUUAUUCUCGUUCAGAGUCUGGAGACGGUUGAACUCUUAGAGACAACACAGAAGUAAUUACUUAGUCUAAUCAAUUUUUCUGCAGUUCGGAUCAACCCAACGUUCGAAGUAAAUCAUCCUGAUGGGAAGAAAAGGGAAAAAAAAGUCGCAGGAGGAAUCUGCUUCAACGACAGGUUCUUCGUCAAGACCAGAACAGCAACCACCACAGCCACAACAGCAACAACGUGGCCCACCACAGUCACAACAGGAACAACGUGGCCCACCACAGCCUUUACCACAGCAUGGAGAAAGAGCAUCGGGAACAGCAGGUAGUAGCACAGGAAUUGGAAGAGGACGAUCUAGAGGAAGAGGUGAUGGAAGAGGGAGAGAUGUAGGAAGAGGUGAAGGUGAUGGAAGAUGGAGAGGUGAAGGAAGAGGCAUAGGAGGAGGUGUAGGAAGAGGUGCAGGUGAUGGAAGAAAGGAAAGGGAAUUAGGUGAAAGUCUACAGAGAACCAGUCUGGGAGAUCAAGGGGUUAGUACUGUAGCUCCAGAAUCGGGUCAGAGUUAUAGACAAGAACAGGGUCGUGGUGGCAGAGGGAGAGGUGCAGGACAAGAACAACGCACCGAAAGACCACCUCAUCUGUACCAGGCUCAGCCACCACAGCAAAUUCCUCGAGUACCUACUAGCCCACCACAAGAAACAUCAAAAGCAUCAAAACCAUCACCUAGACCAACUCCAGCAGCAAUGCCAAUGCGAGAACCACCUCGCCAGGCGGUUGUAGCGCCUCCUCGCAAAAUUCAAGGAUCUGGAAUGUCUCUUCCUAUACCUGUAAGAAAGAACCCACUAAAGGCUGGAACAAAAGGACGUCCGAUAGAAGUAGAGACCAAUAUGAUAUCUAUAAAUUUUGGACCAAAGUUUAAUACGAACGCCAUUCACUAUGACGUAGAUUUUAAGCCAGACAAACCCAAGUUUUUGUUGAAACUCGCUUAUGAAGCAGCUAGAAAAAAAUAUUUUCCUAACCGUUUUCCAGCGUAUGAUGGAAAGAAGAAUUUAUUUAGUGCCAACGACUUACCUUUUGGAAACGAGAUGUCUUGUGAUAUAACGGUGUUUGAUCCUGAAAGACAGCAAGAGAGAAACGUAAAAGUCACCAUUAAAAAAGUGAACACAAUUGAUCUGUCAUGGUUACGCAAUGUGCAACCUGGUAUUGUCGAACGAGAUCAAUUAGGCAUGCAAGUGCUUGACGUUAUUUUACGAUGUGGAGCAGCGGCGCGCAGCGUAACGGUGGGUAGAAAUUUGUUUCAACAACCCAAAGGACAGGUUGUAUCUUUGAGCGGAGGCUUAGAACUUUGGGUUGGCGCCUUUCAAUCAGCAGUAUUAGGCUGGAAGCCUCUUCUGAACAUUGAUGUGGCCCACAAAGGAUUUCCCACUGCACAAAACAUAAUUGAGUUAAUGAAAGAGCUUGCCGGUGGUGGUGGUGGAGGAGGAGGCGGUAGAUACCGGCAGGAAAGGCCAAGAGAAAUCGGCCCGGAAGACAUAGAACGAGCAAAAUAUGACAUUGAAAAGUUUUUGAAGGGGCUUAAGGUUGUGUAUGAGAUACCAGGAUUGCCAACCUCACGACGUACUCAACGCGUAAAUGGAUUAGUAGAGUGUGCACAGAAUUAUAAAUUCAAACUGGAUGAUGGAAAAGAAACGACUGUCUUCGAGUAUUAUAGAACCAGUAGAAAUUAUACUUUGCGAUUUCCCAGAAUGCCUUGUCUCUGGGUAGGCUCUAGGGAACGAUCCGUUUGUUAUCCCGCUGAGCUCUGCACUCUUGCGCCCGGUCAAGUAUUGACUAGAAAAAUGGAUGAGACGCAGACUUCUAAAAUGAUCAGGGAGGCUGCAACUAGUACCGAAGAACGCAAACGGAAAAUAAUAAAUGCAUUCAACAACAUGAAUUAUAACAACGAUCCUAGUGUGAAAGAAUUUGGACUCUCAAUCGGUGGUGGCCUCGAGAAGGUAGCAGCGCGUGUGUUGGAUCCACCGGACAUUCUAUAUCAAAACGCUAGUCGUCCAGUCCAAGUCCGAAAAGGCGUUUGGCGUGCAGACAAAUUUCUUAAUCCUGCUCACUUACCAGAGUACAGUUGGACGAUCCUCAAUCUGAACGAGAGAUUCGUUCGAGAACGUGACAUUUAUCAACUUCACGACGAAUUAUGCAGAGUUGGAAAAGUAUAUGGCAUGGAGAUUGGAGCAGCUAAAACUCCAUUCUGCAACCUCAACGCUCGUAACUUCCGAGACAUUGUUAACUUUUUUGAAAAACAAAAAGAACAGCAAAUACGACUUGUUAUAGUAAUUGUUCCGGAUUCGGGCAAUACCUACAGCAAAGUAAAGCAAGUCGCAGAACUUCGUGUCGGAUGUUUAACGCAAUGUGUUAAAUCACGGACUAUUUCAAGACUCUCUGAAGCAACAGUGGGAAAUAUUCUUUUGAAGAUUAAUUCCAAGCUCAAUGGAAUUAAUCAUACAUUCAUUACGAGAACGAAACCUCGUGUCCUUCUAGAGCCCUGUAUGAUAGUCGGAGCAGAUGUAACGCACCCUUCGCCAGACGCCAUGGACAUUCCAUCAAUAGCAGCCGUGGCCGCCAGUCACGAUCCGAGAGUGUUUAAAUUCAGCAUUGAAAUUCGUCUUCAACCACCAAGAGAAGAGAUAAUUCUUGACCUCGAAGAAAUAAUCCGAAUUCAAUUGCGCAUUUUUCACAGGAAAACAGGAUAUAUUCCUCGUAAAAUUAUUUUCUAUCGAGAUGGGGUCAGUGAAGGGCAAUUCUCAAUGGUAAUGAAUAACGAAUUGAGGGCUAUUCAGCGAGCCUGCCAAUCUAUGCAAAAGGAUGGCGGAUAUAAACCACCAAUCACUUUCCUUGUAGUGCAAAAAAGACAUCAUGUGCGUCUCUUUCCAACCUCUCCACAGAAUUCCGAUGAUUGGCACAAGAAUAAAAACGUGCAGGCUGGGACGGUGGUAGAUACCAAAAUAACUCAUCCGUCCCACAUAGACUUCUACCUUGUGUCACAUGCGAGCAUACAGGGAACUGCACGACCUACGAAGUACAGAUGUCUCUGGGAUGACAGCGAUAUGUCGGAAGAUGAAAUCGAGGAACUGACUUAUUAUUUGUGCCACAUGUUCUCACGAUGCACGCGAUCGGUCAGCUACCCAACACCCACCUAUUAUGCCCAUCUUGCUGCAUUUAGAGCACGAGCUCUUACCCAAGAGGUGAAUAUCAAUUUAAAUAAUCUAUCCGAGGAACAGCGCACUAAACUGACGCUGAACGAGAAAAUCCUUGAAAAUCCUAUGUUCUUCGUGUAGAGAUUUCGAUAGCAUUUCACGAUGACCUGCAUGUCAGCAUAUCCAUGAAAUAAUAAGCCGUACGCACGGUACUCUUUUUGCAUCUUUAAGGGAGAAAAUGAAGAGAUCCUUUGCACCGUGGUAAAGAUGAAAUAUCGGAGUUCUGCUACAAGAAAAAUUUGAUUGAUUUAAAUGAUUGUAUCAACUUUUACGUACAGAUAUUUUAUAUGUCAGAAUAUUAUUGCCUUAUAUUAGCUGAACAGCCAUUAGUAUAUUUUAGUUUAAAAAACUAAUUCGAAUUUUUAAAUCUCUUUAAUUGUUGAUUUCCAAAGAACUUACGCAGAACGUUCGUGAUAUAUUAUCAAAGUGCAAAGGAAAUAGGUUAUAUUGAUAUCUAUACAUAUUUAAUUUCUAAAGAAAUGAAAUUACGUUUUUGAAAAUAUGAUAUUCAUAAUUUAAACUUUAUUCCUCACUUUCUAUAUAUGUUAUGAGGGUUAUUUAGGAAAUUGAACUGACUGAAGUUAGCUUAUUCGUUGGUACAACACUCGUGGGGCGUGCAUGAAGAUCUACUCUUGUACACUAGAGUAUCAUUUUGUCUCUAUGUACCGACCUACGUUCGACAUAAGCAGACCAAUACUCUAAAGUACAAAAGUAAGGUUUUGGAACAUGCCCUUGAAUAAUCCUUUGCAUAUAUGUUAUUAUAUUGUGUACCUAUUUUAACACUAUAUUGUAUUGCUUAUAAAUAAAACGUUAUCUCAACCAA